AUGUUGAAACCUGACGAAAUGUUCGAGGUCGGCAAAUCGUCACUACUGACUGCCCUCACUGGGGUGCAGUCGGAGGCAGCUGCCUACGAGUUCACGACCCUGACAUGCAUCCCAGGUUGGGAAUACGGGACGUUCAAUGAGUCAGGUAGCGUGUUCGUGCACAAUGUGAUAAUUUUCAGGGAUGCAUCACAUUUGUCCGACUUUCACUGUGAAGGUGAAAGAAAGCAGGAGUGGCAAGCAUCAUUGCCGCCUCCGGGCUUUCUUGCAAGGAGCUUUGUCACACCAGCCAGUGAAGAGCUUGAGUUUCGCUGUGCCUCCGGUGGCUGUGUGGCUGCGGCUCAACGCUGUGACGGUCGCAUUGAUUGUGCUGAUGGCUCCGAUGAGAUAUGCCCACAGCGGCGGCUACGAGAAUUCGAAGGACUGGACGACCAGGCAAUCUUCAAGAUGGAGCAGGCAGAGCUCGCAUCUGUCAUGAACCACUCCCAGGUUCUGAAGACUCAAAAGUCUGAGAACCUGGAAGAACACUUCGCAAGAGAAGCGGAGAAAGCCUUGCAGAAAGCAGAGCGAGACGGGAAAGAGUGUAGAAAUGCGGAGCAAGGCACAGAAUGUUUCAACCAUGUGCUGUAUGCUAUGAGCCAUGGGAUCUACCAGCAUCCCAAUUGGUAUCCUGGCUUGACCAGCAAAUCCAGCUUCGGGGACUUUCAGGCUCUUCUGCACUUGCUUCCUAGCAAUGAAUGUGCCAGACCAUGCAGGGAGGCUGGAUGCUUGCGACUGUCUGUGCAAUUUGCGUGCCAGCUUCGUGUAGAGUGGCUGCGGCAGGUGGAAUUCAUCCAGCACAGUGUUUGGUAUCCCGAGCUCUCAGCUGACAGCAGCUCAGAGGCGCUGGCUAUGGCCUUGUGGCAACGCGGGGACAAAGCCUGUUCACGUCCUUGCGGAGAAAAUGAGGCAGAUGAUCCUGUGCUUCUCAAGGGUUUGAGACGCCCUGUUGCACAACAUCCAGCUAUGCCUGCAAAGAAAAGCACAUCGGCAUCAGCAUCACUGAGCAAGCAAUCGCUGCAGGCGUGCUUGGAGCACGGUGUAUACUAUCUCCCCCUGGAUAUGUCGGGCUUUGCUCCUCGUGGAGCCGAAGAUCCAAUGGCCUGCCAGCUGCUGUGCGCACAGCAGGCUGGGAGUGCUUUCUACAGCUUUUUCACUCCAACACGAACUUGCCAUUGCGAAGCAGUGGAGGUCGGAGUGCGCCACAUUGGCUGGGGCUUUAUCAGUGGAAGCACGAGCUGCGGCAAUGUAAAGCAGCACCCUGACACCUUGGCGAUCAUUCAACAUAUGCACAAUGGAUGCUUCGAGGCUGGAGUUGGCUAUGCAGACGUCUUGGAGUCCAGCUGGCAGGCAGAUUCGUUGCAAUGUCAAAGGCGCUGCCAGUCAUUUGGCGAGCGUUGCGAUCACUUUGCUUUCCACAGCUUGGGCCAAAGCUGCCAGCUGAGUGGACCUGGAGCAGCCAGGAGCUAUAUUGUAGGUGUUGUUUCGGGACCUCGGAGCUGCCCAGUUCUUGUUUGA